GAUACGCAGCGGCGUACACGCCAGCCGCGCCGCCCCUUUUUUGGCUGCUGCUUUGACCACGCCUGCACUAAAUCCUUUGCCGCCGUUACUUGGUCCGAGGCCAACGCCUGUUGAUCAAUGGCACCAGCUGGUUUUUUUUUCCCUCUGCUCCUCGCUGAACGGAAUCCUUCUCUAAAAUUUGAUUUUAAUUUCUAAUGCGUGGGAUACCGCCGCCAUAUCCUUGCUGUCCUUCCCCAUCUCCAUAGGCAAUUGACAUCUCCCCCGGACUAACAAUUUGUACCACGACGGUUGUUGAUUCACCUUCCUUGCACCUCGCCCCUCAUAUCACAGCAGUCGUGACUUGGAUCAACAUUCCCACUCUGGGUUUCUCACCCUGGAUCCUCUCUAUACACAUAUCCAAACGCUAGACAUCGGCUUCAAAGUCAUGGGAGAUCUCGCGACUAAAAUGGCCUCCCCCGCAAAACCCCCCACAAGCUCGAGUACAAAGGUUGGAGCUCCUGACCCAAUCCACACCGAAAAUGCUACUGCUAUUGCUGUCCCCCUGUCUUCACCGCCACCCAUCCCGUCCCCCUGUUCUCCCUCCUUUCCCCAUUCUCGAGCCUCUAGCCUACGAAUCGAAUCGCUAGGUGGAGACCCCAAGGAGCCAUCAGCUCCCUCCCCGGAGCUCCCUUCGUCUCCUAUGAAACCAAUUCACCGCGUGGAGAGCGAGAGGUGGGAUUCCGGUCAGGCUCUAUCAAGAAGAAACAGCAGAACAACUCUAGCUACAGACGAACUCUCUGCUCCAAGCUUGAAAUCGCCCCCCAGCAUUCCAAGCAUCAUCAUAGAUGAAGAGCACGCCCGUCCUAGCUCGCGACGAUCAGAGCGGAAAUGGAGCCCGCUCAAAAAAAGGAAGCCAGAUCCUCUUCCCGCCGUACCACCACUUCCACCCGUUGAGUCUGUACCGUUUCGUGGAAUUACGCUGGACAUCCCAACUGGUUCCAUUGGCGACCUGACCACAGAUCCCUUAGAAUCAAUUGCUGAAAGCCCACAGAAUAAUACCGAACCUGCUUCUGAGACGGAUGUUGAUGGGAACCAGACGAAGGAAAACAUGCAGAGUAAAGAGAAUCUCCCUAGCGGCGGGGGAAAUAAUGGUAAUGCUACACUCGACGUUCACAACAAAUCCACGACUACCACAUCGCUAAGUUCGAGGCGUAUAAGAUCAUAUAAUUCUCUACGCCCCCGUCCAAUCAGCUGUAUGACUCGAGCCAUGUCAAUCGAUGAGGAAGUCCUGUCACAGAAGGUUCGUUUGAUGUAUGAGAGGGGGGAUGAAGACGUCGACGAUGCAGAGGUUAAUGAGCUGUUGGGCUUGUAUGAAGAGGAGUCUAUGCUAGAUGAACCAUGCGCGGUUGCUUUUCCAGCCUCGAGUGACGGGGUUGAAGUAGAACGAGCAAACACGCCUACUACCUCAGUUGCGGGGCGCGGUUCGAGAAGAGGAAGCUUCAUCCAAAGGGAGCCAUAUGAGCUUGCUGGUGGGUUAGAGGACUGGGAAAAUGUCGAUGUCGGCGAUGUUGACAGAUAUGGUUUCAUUAUCCCCCGACAAAAAGACAGCGAUGCUUCAGAUCCAGCCCCUCCAGCUCUGCAAAGGGUCUCAACGAGCUUAUUACUUGCAUCCACAACUCCACGUAGGAAGCGUACCUUACGGAGGGAGACUUCUGUGGCACCUAGUUCCCGGUCGUUUGCUGGCCGUUCCCCGCCCAGGAAAUCUACAGAUCAAUCGCGGCCCACAUCUUCCCAGAGCUCCUAUCAAGCAAGCAGUCGCAGAUCAACUUCAAGAAUACGAUAUGCUGCAAACAAGCUACCCUAUAACAAAAAUCGAAAAUUCAUGGAUGAAGCUAGUGACAUGCUAACUCUGCCGGGCCAAGUCAUGGAGGAUGAUGAUACCAGCCCGCGUGCGCUCGCAAUGAAGAAGAAGGAAUGGGAGCGAGAAGAUAAAUGGAGAAAGAUGGCAAAGGUGGUGUCUAAACCCCAGGAUGGUGCUAGUAUGACAUUCGAAUUCGACGUGAAGAGCUCGAAACUUAUUGAACGGACCUGGAAAGGAAUACCUGACAGGUGGCGAUCAACCGCUUGGUAUGCGUUUCUAAGUGCCAGUGCAAGGAAACGGAAAGACAGCCCGACGGAGACAGAACUCAUCCAGAAAUUCAACCAGCUCCAAGAUGAAGCCUCCCCAGAUGACGUACAGAUCGAUAUCGAUGUUCCACGGACAAUUAGCAGCCAUAUUAUGUUUCGUCGCCGUUAUCGAGGUGGCCAGAGGCUUCUCUUCCGAGUUCUCCAUGCCAUGUCCCUUUACUUUCCAGACACAGGAUAUGUCCAGGGUAUGGCUGCACUUGCUGCGACCCUUCUUGCUUACUACGACGAAGAGCAUGCGUUUGUAAUGCUAGUGAGGUUGUGGCAACUUAGGGGUUUGGAUCGUCUGUAUCGGUCGGGUUUUUCGGGUUUGAUGGAAGCACUAGCCAAUUUUGAAACGGGAUGGCUUGAAGGAGGGGAAGUUGCUGAAAAACUGACCGAACUCGGAAUCCCCCCAACAGCGUACGGCACCCGAUGGUACCUAACUUUGUUCAACUACUCAAUUCCCUUCCCCGCACAACUCCGCGUCUGGGACGUUUUCAUGCUCCUCGGAGACUCAGAUGAACCCUCUUUAUCCGCCUCCGCCUCUAGACCCCCAACAAGUUCUCGUACUGGCACUGGCACUGCAAACGGCAACUCUGAAUCAGAUCCACUAGCAUUAUCAGCCCCAUCGCCAUCGCAACCCCACGCAAGCCCUUUCGGCAAAAGCCUCGAUGUCCUCCAUGCCACCUCCGCCGCCCUCAUAGAUGGAAUGCGCGAUAUCAUCCUAGAAUCCGACUUCGAGAACGCCAUGAAAGUACUGACGAGCUGGGUCCCCAUUAAGGAUGUAGAAAUUUUCAUGCGGGUUGCGAGAGCUGAGUACAAGGUUCAUCAUCGGAAGAAGGGUUGAUAUAUGGUUAUUUGUACACGGGCGCGAAAUCUGGGCUCUCGGAGACAUAAGGCGCUCGAUGAGUACCGGCCCGUCGCCGCCUUGUCCUAACUUCAACAUCUCCAUGCCGUUGGACACCCUAUGUCGCCAACUCAACAUCAAACGGAUUCCGUUUCGUCGCCAUUGUGCCUCUUCGUGCACCGCAGUGGCAUGAAAGGAGUCAUCCAAAACUUACAACUGACACUCGCUUCCCUUUUGUUUUUCUUUUUCUCUUCUUUUCAACAUCUUUACUACUCGACUUUUCUAAUUUUCCUUCUCCUUUGUCUAAACCAUUCCAUUCUUUACGCAUCCACAUAGGUUUUUUUUUUUUUUUUUUUUUUUUUUUUUUUUUUUUUUUUUUUUUUUUUUUUUUUCCCUUUCUUUCCGCCCAUAAUGCCCUGCUCUCCAACCUCAGAACCCCCUUCUUUCAUAAUCAUCUUUCAUUUUACUUUCAUUUUUAUUCAUCUGAAUUGUUAAUUCACCAUAAUUAUAAUGUUUUAAUGUUUCUGGGAUGGAAAGAAAGAGAAGGAAGAUUUCUUCUUUUCUUUGUCAUACUUUCUUUAUUUCUAUUUUGAAUUUUCGUAAUUCGGUUUCUCUUUCUCGCCUUUUCGUUUUUAUUAAAUUUCUUUCCUUCCUUUUUUCGAUAUGAGAGUAUCUAGAUACCCCCUCUGUUUUCUCUGUGUGUGUGUAUGUGUGUGUUUCAUUUUUCAGGAUAUUUGGGUUUUUUUCUCCUACUUUU